AAUAUAACGCUGUCUGUAUCUACAAAUCUUGAGAUCUGGAAGAAUUCAAUCUUUCUUCCCCUCUAAUGUUUGACCUUACAUUUCUUUACAAACACUAAAGACCAAUUCUCCCUUUGAUGUGAACUCAAGUUGCUUUCCCAAACAAAUUUUUUUCCAUAAUCUGAACCAACGACGCAAAAACAAAAACACUGAAGACAUUAUGGAAUCUGGAGGAGGAAGAAGAAGGGUGGUGAUUAUUGGCGGUGGAAUUGGUGGCUCUCUCCUUGCCAAAACUAUCCAAUUCAAUGCUGAUCUCACUCUCAUCGAUCCGAAGGAGUAUCUUGAGCUCACAUGGGCAAACUUAAGGAACAUGGUGGAGCCAUCGUUUGCGGAUAGAUCGGUGAUAAACCAUAGAGAAUACCUUACCAAUGGACGAAUCGUUACGACAGCUGCCAUAAACAUCACAGACACAGAAGUAUUGACAGCAGACGGCGGUCACAUUGUUUAUGAUUAUCUUGUAAUUGCUACUGGACACGCUGAUCCUGUUCCGGUAACUAAGGUGGAGAGACUUCAUCAAUAUGAUGCAGAAAAUCAAAAGAUACAAUCUGCUCAAUCUAUUUUGAUUGUUGGAGGAGGUCCUUCUGGUGUUGAACUUGCCGGAGAAAUCGCCACCGACUUUCCAGGUAAGAAGGUUACGCUGGUUCAUAAGGGACCAAGGUUGUUGGAAUUCAUUGGAACCAAAGCUUCUGACAAGAGUUUAGGUUGGCUGAGAUCAAGGAAAGUUGAAGUAAAACUAGAGCUAGCAGUUGAUCUGAACUCCACUUCAGAUGGAAGUCAAGUAUAUCAAACCUCGUCCGGAGAAAGUAUACAAGCAGAUUGCCAUUUCCUUUGUGUCGCAAAACCAUUGGCCACAGCAUGGCUUAGUGAGAGUAUAUUGAAGACUAACUUGGAUAAAAACGGAAGGUUGAUGGUUGAUGAAUAUCUAAGAGUCAAGGGUCGAAGCAACAUAUUUGCAAUUGGAGAUAUCACCGACAUCCCAGAACUCAAACAAGGUUACUUAGCUCAUAGACAUGCCUUGGUGGUGGCUAAGAACUUGAAGUUGUUGAUGGAUGGAGGAAAAGAAAGCAAAAUGGCCAAGUACGAGCCUGGUUCGGUGAUCGCAAUAGUUUCCCUCGGAAAGAAAGAUGCGGUCGCCCAAUUUCCGUUUACGACACUGAGCGGACGUAUUCCGGGCUUGCUCAAAUCCGGAGACUUGUUUGUAGGCAGAACCAGAAAGCAGAUGGGUUUACAACCUUAAUAGAUAAUUCAGAUGAUUCUCGUAAAACAAGCCCAUCUUUCCCCCGCAUAUCCCCUUCGUUUUGAUCAUUGGACUUCGGAUUACUCUUGUUUUAGUAACUUGGAUAUUAAAUCGAAUGCAGCAUGAUGACAUGACCUGUUCUUUUA